CCUGGUUAAAAUAAAAAACAAGAAGUUUUACCUAUUAUUUUUAUUUUUUCUUCCAAGUAUCUUAAUUCAAAUUAAAUUUCCAAUAGUUCCAAACAGUUUCUUUUAAAAAACUAUCUUCUGCCAUUUAUCUACAAGAAUAAGUGUUUCAUGUUCUCAACAUUUCAUUAAUGUAUGUUUUUAUCGAACCCCAAAGCUCAAAGUUAGAUUGCAGUCACAUGUUUUUUCUACAAGAUUUCAUUUGUAUUGUAAUUUUUUAUAAUCAUAUCAAAAAUUUCUAUAUUGGUUAAUGUUGAUUCACAUGUAUUUAAUAAUUACAAAUCAACUGAAGAAAACAUUACAUUUAUUAUAUUAACAAUGUAAAACGUUUUUCUAAAUUUUAAUUUUUUUAGUAUCCCCUAUACACUAAUUUUUAUAUAGCACGCCUAUGGUAAAGCGAAUAUUGCCUUCUCCCAUAUGCUAGAACCAACUUUGGCAUAAAACUUAUUUAUUGCUCCUCCUUCUACUUUUAAAUAAAUAGAUGUUGUACUAUAUCGGGCUAGUUGCUUGCCCUAUUCAAAUUUGUUUUUCAAUCAGUAUACAAAAUUUAAAAAAUUGCGUUUGUUCUGGGUAAUUAUAAAAAUUCUAUGGCAUCCGUAGAGCGGUAAUCAGUAGUUCCAGAUACAAUCAACAUAGUAAUAAAAAAGAAGAUUUCUAAAUGUCAUAGUUCAAAUUGUGGAUAAAUAAACAAUUUUAUCCUCAAAUUGAUAUAAAACAGUAUAAGUCUAUAUAAUGGAUGAGAAACAAGAGCUAGAAGAUGCUUUCAUUAAAGAGGAAAAAUUUUAUAUCAAAGAACACGAUAUCAAACAGGAGAACGACAAUUAUUUAAUACAAACAUGUGAUGAUGUUAAAAUGAAUGAGAUGAUUUAUGACGGAGACCUAAAGUGUAAAUUGGAAACAGACAUAGAAGUAGAUCGGAUGCACUUUGAUGAAACUAACUCUGGUAAUUUUAUUGCUGGUUCGAGUAUAGGUCCAGUUAAUGAUCAGGCAAGAUUAUUAUUUAAAACGAAUCGAACGUUGUUUACUGAAGACCAAAUUGACUAUUUGAAGGAAGGAACUGUAUCUUGUUGGAAGCAUAUAAAGCUUGAAGGUAUUUUCAUUUGUAAGUUAUGUGGGAACUUGUAUGUAAGAAAAUUUUACCUCUACCAUCACCAUUUUACUCAACAUCUUGUCAAGAAACCUCUUCGUAACAUAAUUCAGAAACAAAAGUUCAGAUUAAAACAAAAUGUAGUAAACGAAUCUGUUCAAACAAUGAGUAUAUUAAAGACGAAACAUGCAAAUAAAAAUGAAUUUCGUGUGGAUCAGUUGCAGGAUUUGAUUAAUCAAAUUAAAUCAUUUGCAACAAAAUCCAGAAGUGAUAUUCUUACAAAAUCUUCUACAUCUUCAAGUUUAGAUGAAUACAAGAGUAUUUGCAUUGGCAGAAAACUAUUUGAAUGUAAUGUUUGUUUAAAAAGUUUUUCACAGAAAUCUUAUUUGAGUAGACAUUUCCUAAGUCACACCGGGGAAAAACCAUUCAAAUGCGACAUAUGUUUAAAAACUUUUUCACAGAAAUCUCAUUUAAAUGUACAUUUGCUAAUUCACACUGGAGAAAAACCAUUCAAAUGUGACAUUUGCUUAAAAACUUUCUCACAUAAAUCUAAUUUGAAUGUACAUUUGCUAAUUCACACUGGAGAAAAACCAUUCAAAUGUGAUAUUUGUUCAAAAACUUUCUUACUAAAAUCAUACCUGAAAAUACAUUUGCUAACUCACACCGAAGAAAAACCAAUCAAAUGCGACAUUUGUUUAAAAACAUUCUCAAGAAAAUAUGAUUUGAAUAAACAUUUUCUGAGUCAUACCGGAGAAAAACUAUUAAAAUGCGACAUUUGUUUAAAAACAUUCACAAGAAAAUAUAAUUUGAAUGUACAUUUACAAAACCAUAAAGAAGUGAAACCAUUCAAAUGUAAUAUUUGUUUCAAAAGUUACUCACAUAAACAUCAUUUGAAGGAACAUUUGCUAAUUCACACUGGAGAAAAACCAUUCAAGUGCAACAUUUGUUUGAAAGCAUUCUCAAAAAAAUAUCAUUUCAAUAGACAUUUGAUAAUUCACACAGGAGAAAAGCCAUUCAAAUGCGAUAUUUGCUCAAAAACUUUCACACACAAAUGUAAUUUGAAUAGACAUUUGCUAAGUCACACUGGAGAAAAUGCGACAUUUAUUUAAAAACAUUCUCAAUAAAAUAUCAUUUAAAGGAACAUUUGCGUUCUCACACGGGAGAAAAGCUUUUCAAAUGUGCUGUUUGUUGUGCAAGGAAUUGCAUGCAAUUUCUUCACCCAAAAAUAACCUCAUACCAAUAAAUUAUGAAACUGUGGAGUCACAAUCUGAUGACCCAAGACAGUGCUCAUUCCUGAUCUUCUUCGAUAUUAUUUGGAGAGACAAAUCUACAACAUUUUGACUUACAGUUUCCAAUAUAUUGUUAUUUUCUUUUAUUACAUGAUUAUAUGAUAUAGUUUGAUGUAAAUUAAGUUGAUAUUUUGUAAUAAUAAAUGAUAAAAUGAAAAAAA